UGGUCAGCUCACUGCUGCAAGAUUCUAACCGUCUUAUUUUGAUGAUAAAUAUGAAGCUUUGGAACGCCGUGCAGGAGUGUGGUGCUCACACACAGCUACACUCCCUCUAGGGCUCAAGGAAAGGACUGUUCAAGCUGUUACUUUUUUUCAGCAGCCCUGAAGAAGAGAGGGGUAAAACAAGAAAGUUGUGAUGCUUUUCUUCACACAGUGUUUUGGGGCUGUAUUAGAUCUUAUCCAUCUCAGAUUCCAGCAUUAUCAAGCUAAGAGGGUAUUCUCAACUGCAGGACAGUUGGUCUGUGUGGUUAACCCAACUCUAAAUUCAAAGCAUGGUUCAAGCAGAUGUGCACCCUCAAGGGAUUCAACUCCACCAGCUACACAGCACCAUUGCCAAGAAGUGUUCUUUGAUGCAAAGUUGACUUCCUGUUCGUGUCCCUUGUAUUCCUGCAAAUGGGAAGGUCACUUAGAGGUCGUUAUUUCUCAUUUGACACAAACCCACACAAUUAACAUACUACAAGGAGCAGAGAUUGUGUUUCUCGCAACUGACAUGAACCUUCCAGCCCCAGUGGAUUGGAUAAUUGCACACUCCUGUCUUGGCCACCACUUUUUGCUCGUGCUAAGAAAGCAAGAAAAAUAUCAAGGCAGCCCUCAAUUUUUUGCUACAAUGAUGCUGAUUGGCACACCAGCACAGGCAGAUAAUUUUAACUACAAACUUGAACUUAACAGGAACCGACGGAGACUGACUUGGGAAUCCACCCCACGUUCUGUUUUGGACUGUGUUGACUCCGGCAUUACGGAUGGAGAUUGCCUUGUGCUCAAUGCCUCAGUUGCACAGCUCUUUUCAGAUAAUGGAAACCUGGCUAUUGGAAUUGCAAUAACUACCAACACACUUUGUUCUCUUGAAACUAAAAUGUAAUAUUUUUAACUAGUAAGAAAUGAGAAUCCAGCUGGAAAGGCUUUUACUGUGUUUUUUUCUGAAGUUACCAUGGCUUUUUAUUGCUUGUAUAUAAUGUUGUGAUGGGAAUAGGGAUGAGGGUAUCUUGUAAGAAACAAGUCACUGGCACCUCUUGAAAUGUUUUUAGGUUUAGUUGCUAUGACAACCUUUUUUAAUGAAUUGAUUUAAACGAACUAAUGAAAAUAAAUACAAGUUUCUGUUAAUGGUAAUCAACAGGUGUUAUACUGUGUGAAAUAAUUUUUAAAUGGAUUUCUAACAUUCAAA